AUGGCUCCUUUUAACUUUGAUAAGUUUCUUUACGUUAAGACCUGCACUAUAAAUUCAAAAGAGUAUAACAAUCCUCCUGCUCAAAGCUCAUCUGAAAUUUGGGAGCCAAGCUCAAUGCAAAGUGAAAAUGUUAGCAGUCCUGAAUUUCUUCAUCAAAUAAAAAGAAAGAUUGAGUCCCUAAUCGAUUUUGAUUACGCUGACCAUGCAGAUAGAGUCCUGAGCCAUGAAAGAGCCUAUCAAAAUAAUUUGGCUAUGAAUGUCGAUGAAGUUGCUAUUAAAAAAUCAAAAAGCACAAAGGAAAAUUUUAAAAUCAAGCUUUAA